UAAAUUCCAGGUCCUGAGCAAGAGCAAGAGAAGCCGAUUCGGAGCCGGAAGAGAGAACCUCGUUGCUUCUCCCCGCUUCUUGAUCGAGGAAUCGCAGGUUCAUUCGCUCUGAACAUUGAAUUUGGGAGAAAUCGGCGCACGUUGAACGGGAUUGACUACUUAUUGGAUAACCAUGGCAUUACAAGAGCAGUUGAAUAAGUUCAAGAAGCAGCAGGAGAAGUGUCAAUCCACUCUUAGCAGUAUCACGGCCAGGCCAGGCACGAGGACGCCAGCGAAGCACGUGCCUCCACCUCCUGCUGGUGCACGAGCUCCAUUGCCUGCUGUCAAGUUCUCAGAUGACACAGAAAGACUUAAGUAUAUUAGUAGUAUACGCAAAGCACCUGUAGGUGCUCAGAUGAAGCGUGUCAUCGACCUGUUGUUUGAGACAAGACGGGCAUUUACACCAGAGCAGAUAAAUGAAGCAUGUUAUGUCGAUAUGCUUUCCAAUAAAGCUGUCUUUGACAGUUUGGCAAAUAACCCGAAAGUAUACUAUGAUGGCCAGCGGUUUUCUUACAAGUCAAAGCAUGAUGUGAAGGACAAAAACCAGUUACUGAAGUUGAUAAGAAGCUACACGGAGGGCAUUGCUGUCAUUGACCUUAAGGAUGCAUACCCAACUGUGAUGGAGGACUUACAGGCCUUGAAAGCUGCUGGUCAAGUGUGGCUCCUAUCGAACUUUGACUCUCAGGAGGAUAUUGCCUACCCGAAUGAUCCCAAAGUGCCAAUAAAAGUAGAUGAUGAUUUGAAGCAACUCUUUCGGAGUAUCGAGUUACCCCGGGACAUGAUCGACAUCGAGAAGGAUCUCCAGAAAAAUGGCAUGAAACCAUCUACAAACACGACGCAGAGAAGGCUUGCAGCCCAAAUCCAUGGGAUUUCGCAGAAGCCCAAGCUCAAGAAGAAGAAGCACGAGAUCAGCAAGAGGACGAAGCUCACCAACGUUCAUCUUCCAGAACUGUUCGAGAAUCUCAGAAGUUCCUGAAGGACGGAGAUGCAGAAGCUGUCCUCACCAAACAAAUACGUGUGGACUGAAUGGACGAUGAUCUUUUUCCCCUUGUAUCUCCGAUAUUGUUGUCCUUACCGUGUGCCUGUUUUGGAUCAUUGAUCUCGACCGUAAUCUGAAGUAUACAGUCGCAGAGUUCUGAAAGUCAGAUUCAUCCAAGUUCAAUGGAGGUUAAGAACUAGUAUUGGAAAGCUCUUCAACCCAAUUAGAUCAGCAAAAGACCAGUGACAAAUACAUCAGCGGCAUCUGUCACCUAAA